UACAAUAAAGUUAUACGAAAAUGGCUGAAGAGAGCAAAAAAAUUUCUUUCGGUUUUGCAAAGUCUGUAAAAAAGCCAAUUUUAGACAAACAAAAGUUACAUCAAGACAAAAAAGUAGAUUAUAUCGAAUGUCUAGAUGAUAAAGCGAUUAAAGUGAUUGGGAAGGAAGAGAAAAAAGAAGAACCUCUUAUUAUUCCAUUAUUGGAAUCUAAUACCUGGCACGAUAGAAUCGUUAAUAAAAUAGAUGCUUUAAAGUCAAAAACAAGUAAUGACGAUGGGCAAAAAAAAGUUAAAAUCAAGGAAGAAUCAGACCAAGUAUCCAAUGGUGAUUUAACAUCGAUUAAUAGGAUUGUUUCUUCCUCUAAUGUGCAAAUAAAAACAGAUUUGUCUGUUGAAAGUAAAAUUCUUACUUUGGAUGAGCAAGCAGUUAAAGAAAUUAUAGAAGAUCUCAAUGUAACAGAAAAAAAUAAAGAUGAUUUGUAUGAUAUAACGUUAUCUUUAGUUAAAAGAGAGAAUUUAGAAGGUGCAGAAGAAAGUACAUUAGAAGAUUACGAGAAGGUUCCGCUAAAUAUUUUUGGUUCAGCUAUGUUACGAGGUAUGGGAUGGAAACCUGGUGAAGGAAUUGGUAAAAAUCCAAGGCUUGUAACACCUAUUAUACCUGAAUUAAGGCCCAUAGGAAUGGGACUUGGUGCGGACAAAGCAGCAUUGCAAAAACAGGAUGGGAAAACUCAAAAAGAGGGAAAAGAGUUACAGAAAGGAAUACAAAAAGGAAGUUUUAUAAAAAUUAUUGCUGCCAAGCGGUCCAAUGCAUAUGGCCAAAUAGAAGGUUUUGAUAAUGCAGGAAGAUUAAUCGUUAAAAUGGCACUAAACGGACAUACCAUCUCUGUGAACGAAUGCAUAGUUCAAGUAGUAACAAAGGCGGAAUACUCACAAAAUUCUAAAGUUCUCAGUUAG